AUGGUGAUUCUUUCACUGAUCAAACAGCAUCAAUUCGAUCUUGUCUAUGAAAUAUUUUCAUAUUGCAAUGACAAGCGAUCUAUUUUUCGAAUUUUAUUUCAAUGUUUGCGAUUCUUCAAACAAACUCAAAAUCCAUUUCAUCGUUCAUUAAUUAAACAUAAUUCCGAGAAACAGGAUCCACAAAAGAAAAUAUUGGAAAAUAAUAUCAAAGAAUUUUUGGAUCUCUAUGGAUUUAAAUUUUUGCAAUUUAGAGUUUGGAAAGUCUAUCGAUUUGUGGUCGAAAAAUUUGAAACACAACUCGCUUUGAAAAUGGAACUUGCAAAAAACUUGAGAGUUGACAAUGCAUACACUCCAACUAUUCAAUGGAUUAAAAAACAAAAGGAGGUCAAAAAACUUCUCGAUCUCUAUAAAAUUUUGGUGGAAUUAUUCAUGGCCAUAGAUGAAAAUCAUUGCAUUUUCAAACAAGAUCAUUCACAGAUAGAGUUUCUAAAAUACAAUAUCAUUGAACAGUUGAAAAUCUCCACAUUUUCGAAAUUAUUUAAUCUUACCAUGGGUAUGACUCUCUUCGAAAUGUAUCAGGAAAUUCUCCAAGUUGAAUUACAAUUAUUGAAAGAUAAUUUUUGGAAUUUCACAAACGACCAACAAAUUCUGGGAAAUAUGAAACUAUCUCCUCAAAUCCAACAUUUAUGUGAAAACGUAGAUUUUGCCCCUCUUUUCACACUUCAAAUUGCCUUUCACAUAGAUGAUCACAUGAGCUAUGAAACCCAUGAAUCUAAUAAUUUGCUUCGAGAUUUUGAAUGGUUUGUCUAUACGGAAGCUGGACCAUUGAUUCCGUAUCUGAAUUUAACUCUUUCUAAAGUCAUGAUUCAAGGAUUGAGUUGUCGCAUGGAGUUUGAAUGCGAUCAAGAAAUUUUUUUCAGAACAAUGGAUUUUAAAACCUUUUUGGAAGGAAAUAUUGGUGGAAUUCUUGUUCAUGAGAACAACAACACUAAACUGUGCCUACAGAACACAAAUGCCGUUCUCUACAGUGAUGCAGUACUCGUUCUCUACGAUUACUCCAGAGCACAAGAAUUCUCAUUUGAAGAGCUUAACCAAGAGGCAUUGGAACAAAUUGAAUUGUUACCAUUAUUGCGUCGUGUCGUGUUGCAAUAUCCCUUUUCGCCCAUUGUAUUAGUGAUCGCCGAAAAUGGAAAACAAUCAGAUCUAAUUGCAAAGCAAUUAGUGAAUUUUCCUCAUGUCACUGGUGUCUUUCCAGGGUGGGACUCAAGAACAAUUUUUAAAGCCACUUGUCAGAGUACCGUUAGUAGUGUGAAAAGUUGCUCACAAUUAGAGCAGGAACUCUCACAUCAGAAACAAACUCAGUCACAACGAAAAUGUGAAAUGCAAUAA